CAAGACAAUAGCGUGUUGCGAAGUUGCUGCGAAUUUAUGUUUUUCCGAAAAGUGGUAAAUUACGUUCUUCAGACGUGUACAGUGGCAGCCAUGGAUGACAUGAAUACUAUCUGGAUAAAACAAGAGAUAACAGAUGGGGUACCUUCUGAGCCGGACCCUAUGGUUCUUGAAGAUCCAGAGGGGAACUCCUGCCCCACUGACUUUAUCAAAGAGGAUCCUGAACCAAAUUUGCAUGUGGAUGAAACUGAGAAUAUUGAAAUCAUGAAUCUGGUCUGUGUGCUACUUCGCACUUCUUGAGUUUGGAUGAGGAAGGACUGGGUGUUAGCCUCAAUGAGAUGUGCUUCUGAUAGUGUAAGGUUGGUUCAUAGUAUGGGUGAGAGCUGUGGCAUUUCAUUCGAAGAAACUGUUCAUGAAGGAGUAAUCCAUGACAAACUGGAGAGAGGUGCAGAGGACACAGUACCUGUCUACUUACGUGGUACCCAUACUCAGGGAUUGACUUUGCAAGAGGAUAGCUCAUUCAGCACCAGACACAAUUGUAGUUUAAGUGAAAUCGAAUUGCAUGAAUUUAGUUGCAGUUUCUGCUUACAGAUAUUUCCUUCAAAAUACAGGCUUAUAAUGCAUAUCUUCACCCACAUUGAUGGUGUAAAGCCACCUAUAUUUGUUUGUAGGUCAUGUGGGGAGGUAUUUUCCAGUAAAUCUAGCUUGAACAAACAUUUGAAAGGGAGUGGAGGAGAUGAAGCCUUAUCUGCUGGCAAUAGAGAGAUAUUUGACACCUGUGAUGAGGAUGAAAACAUUAUCUUGGAAGAUGGUAAAGCAGUUUCUGUAACAGAACAAACUGAGAAGCAGUUUUCACACAAAGGAACUUUGAAAACUUCAAAGAAUUCCAUGAAGGACAUAUGUGAUACACACAGUAUAACACAUGUUGCAGAGAGACAAGACAAAAGUGAUAGUUAUGGAACUUUAUGUACAGCAGAUAAUGCCAGUACUGAUGCUGCUGUAGUUACUGUAAAGAGACCCCACAAAUGUGAUAUCUGUGGCAAAUCUUUCUUUGAAUUGUGUAAUCUGAAGACACAUUCGUUGAUUCACACUGGAGAGAGACCACACAGAUGCGAUAUUUGUGGCAAAUCUUUUAUUCAGUUAGGUCAUCUCAACAGUCAUUCAUUAAUACAUUCUGGAAAGAAACCACACAAAUGUGACAUUUGUGACAAAUCUUUUAUUGAGUUGCGCUAUCUGAAGGGGCAUUCUUUGGUUCACACUGGCAAGAGACUAUACAAAUGUGAUAUUUGUGGCAAAUCUUUUACACGCUUGCAUAAUCUCAAGAGGCAUGAAUUACUACACGCUGGAUAUAGGCCUCAUAAAUGUGAUAUUUGUGGUAAAUGUUUUGCUCAGUUGGAUACUCUCAAGAGCCAUACAUUAAUGCACUCUGGAGAGAGACCCCACAAAUGUGACAUUUGUGGUAAAACUUUUACUGAGUUGCGUUGGCUCAAGAGGCACGCAACGAUUCACUCAGGAAAAAGACCACACAAAUGCAAAAUUUGUGGCAAGUCUUUUACUCAGUUGGCUCAUCUUAAGAGCCAUUUACUAAUACACACUGGCAAGAGACGUAAGGCAUAUGCUACCUAAGGCAAAGAACUUGCCCUUGCUGGUGCCCUCAAGGUCCACAUGAUAAUACAUAUUGGAGGAAGACAUUGACACCUGUGAAAAGCCUUAACAUGUCAGGAUUUUGAAGAUACAUGCAGUAAUAUGCACUAGAAAGAAGUCACAGAGAAUGUGACAGAUCAAUUUGUUUAGCUAGACAUUUCACGAAGUUGCAGUACUAAAAAUGAGAAACCAAUCACCCUAUGUGGAUUCUGUGAUUGAUACUCCUAUGUCCCUAUUGCACUUCAGAAGUUCAUCAUUGUAGAGAAAUUGCUUACCUACAUUAGUAAUUGAACAUAUCAUGCAGUAUUCAUCACUCCACAUAGUUGAAGGAAAUGUAAUGGUUUGUCAGUUAUCAUUCUAAAGAUGGGAUGUCAAGACUCAUAUUAGGCAUAGAGCAGGAAAAAAGAAGUUCACGGCAUAUCCUUCGCUCAGGUAGUUAACACUCGGGCAUACUUACACAACAGUAGUGCUGUGUAUGUAAUGUUGUCUACAUAUGUGUACUUAUUCUGCUGAUCCUCUGUUAUGAAAUAUCUGGUAAUGGCAAAUAUAUACUAAUGAGCCAGAACUAGAUCAUGGGAUUAAUAGUGUGUUGGCCCACCCUUGGAACACUUUGCAGCAGUCAUUCUGCAUGGUCUGAUUUCCAGAGCUAUGUUGUGCCAGAUGUGUAUACAUAGAUCACUCAGUUCCCAAAUUGUAGGCCAACUGGUUUGUGAGCACAGAACUAAUGCCAAGUUAGCUUCCCAGAUGUGUCCCACUAGGUUUGUAUCAGGUAAAUUGGGCGGCCAAGACGUCAGUAUGAGUUGUUGGCACAAUUGGCAUUGUGACAUGAACAAUUAUCAUGGAAGAUGCUAGCAUUGUAGGGUCAGCCAUCAAGCAUGAGGGCUGUAGGUUGCUGCAGUUGCUGCAGUAAUGGUCAUGUAGUCCACAGACACCAUUGUCCUUCAGUUACCAUUGUCCUUCAGUUACCACCAUUUGUCCCCUAGCAGCCCAAGUGAAUGCCCCCCAUUACAUAAUAUUUCAUGCAUUGACUGUGUCUCUGGGGUGGUGCACAUUUUGAGCAGGUAUUGAUAUGCAUGAUGACUUAUUUGGACAGUACUAUUGACCAGCUGUAACAAGUAAAAUCACUUAUGUGUCCAGGUGACAUUUUCAUUGGGCUGUGAUGCAAUCCCAAUAAUCUUGUGCUCACUGCAGUCAUAAUUGUCAAUGUUGUUGGAUCAAAAUGGGAACAUACAGUGUUCGUAUGCUGUGGCACUGUUGUCACCUGCUAGUGUCACUGUUUCUGUUGUUUUAGAGAGAGGAUCAGCUUCUUACCUUCACAUUCUGCAAAAAGACAUGGAUUUCUUAAUCUUUGUCACCAGUCUGUGGUUUCAAUGCCCUUGAACAACUUUCCAUGGAUGCUCACAAAACUAGCACACAAACAGCCAACCAGUUUUGUUGCUUUUCAGAUGCUCAUUCCCAGGCAAUAGGCCCUAACAAUCUGCCCUUCAUCAGAGGUCGUUGUUGUAGUGGUCUUCAGUCCAAACAUUGGUUUGAUGCAGCUCUCCACACUACUCUAUCCUGUGUAGUCUUCCUCAUCUCUGAAUAACUAUUUCAAUUUACAUCCUUCUGGAUCUGCCUAGUGUAUUCAUCUAUUGCUUCCACUCUAUGAUUUUUACUGCUCCACCUGCCUCAUUACUAAACUGAUUAUCCCUUGAUAUCUCUGAAUGUGUCCUAUCACCAAUAUUUUCUUCUAGUCAGUUUCUACCACAAAUUUUAUUUCUGUCCAAUUCUAUUCAUUACCUCCACAUUAGUUACUUUAUCUGGUCAUCUAAUCUUCAACAUUAUUCUGUAGCACUACAUUUUGAAAGCAUCUAUUUGCUUUUUGUCUAAGCUGUUUUACAUCCGCACAAAAGCUUUUAGAAAAGACUUCCUAAUGCUUAACUCUGUAUCUCAUGUUAACAAAUUUCUCCUCUGCAGGAACACUUUCCUUGCCAUUGCCAGUCUACAUUUUAUGUCCCCUCUACUUUGGCCAUCAUCAGUUAUUUUGCUGCUCAAAUAGCAAACGUCCAUCUCCCACUUGUCUCGUUUCCUAAUCUAAUUCCUGGAGCAUCAUCUGAUUUAAUUCAACUUCAUUCAGUUAUCCUUGUUUUGUCCAGUCCAUUCAGCUGUUCCUCCAAGUCCUUUGCUGUCUCUGACAGGAUUACAAUGUCACUUGCCAACCUAAAAGCUUUUAUUUCUUUUCCCUGGACUUUAAUUCGAACUACAAAUUUUCUUUGGUUUCCUUUA